AUAACCUUAAUAAAAACUGUCACCAAGUAGGGAGAGGGAAACUUACAUUUUACAUUUGUUUCUUAGUUUUAGUUUUGUGUAUUAAAACUUGAUUGAAACUAUGAGGCUGCGACAAAAUAUAUUUCCAAAAUGUGUGAGAGACUUUUUUGUGACUGGCUUUUUAUUGGUAAUGAUUCCUGUAGUAUAUUAUUUUGAACUAUUUGUCGUUUUACCAAGGUACUACAUACAAUGGAGUGCAUCUUAUAAUUUCCAUUUUUUAACGGGAACUAUAAUACUAUUUAACAUUUGUACGAAUCUGGUAGCAAUAGCUAUGUGUGACACUAGUAUCAGGGGAAGAGUACUACCAACAGACUUAAAACCAGAUUGGAAAUUUUGUUCAGUAUGUGAAUCCCUGGCUCCACCAAGAUCAUGGCAUUGUUCAGUGUGUAAUGUAUGUAUCCUCAAGAGAGACCACCACUGCAUGUUUACCAGUUACUGUGUAGGAUUAGAAAAUCAUAGAUAUUUUAUGGUAUUCUUAUUGUAUAUGCUAAUAGCUACAUUAUAUGCAUCAUUCUACAACAUGAGGUUUAUCAGCCACUUCAUUACAUUUGAUUUUUCAUGGAAAUCUAUAUUCAAAAUUGUGUUUCCUUUAGCAACACUAUUUAUGGAUUGGACCCAAAAUCAGUUAUUUAUAUUUUUGAUUCUUAUUGUGUUGUUUGGGGCUGGCUUUAGUGGUGCCUUGUUGUAUUUUCAUGUAGAUUUAAUGUUUAGAAGUGUAGUCACCCAUGAGCGCAAUACUGUUAGUAAAUACGAUAGAGGUAGAUUAGAAAAUGUAAAGCUAGUUUUAGGAGAAAAGUGGUAUUUAGUUUGGUUAUCCCCGUGGAUUGAAAGUAAAUUACCUUGUGAUGGUAUUAACUGGGAUAAAAUAUUAUCGACCAAAGAAAAAUAAUAGUAUUGAUAGUGCAUAAUAAAGAUAUUUUGUUAAUAACUGUUAGAAAGCUUAUGCCUGGUUGCACCAACGAAUCAUAAGCUCCAGCUUAGCCCAGCUCAUUUUAUAGAUAGGGCUGCUUUUAAAUGAGAUUUACAUUGCAUCAUAAUUUUCGAUUCUUAUUUAAGCACAUCUUAACCGACACGUUAAUCGCCACACAGCAUUCAUGGUGUGCUGUACUAAAAAGUUAUGCUGUUGUAUGUGUAAUAUGCUGUUCCAAUGUAUUUUGUUGCAUGGCAUUUCUAUCAUACCGAGGGUGCUAUACAUUUAUAUUGUAGUAAUAAAUAUGUGGCCUGGCAGAUCCAAGGCGCUCACUUCCCCAGAAUUUCAAGAUUCGGUUACCAAAUAACUCAGUAUAAGUACAUGUGGAUAGGUUGAUUUUAUUCCUAUAUUGUAAGAACAUUGUAUAUCGUCAGUGAUGUGUACAAUACCUCCUAUCUGCUUUUCGUGAGUUUUUUAGGAGAGACAAAAAACCUUUUUUAGGGUGACCUCCUGUUUUCACACGUAAGUUUUGACUUAUUAUAUAGUAAAUACAUAGUAGAAUUUACUACAAAACAAGUCAAAAAAUAUCUUAUAAAAACAGGAGGUGGUCCUAAAAAACUUUUUCGUCUCUCCUAAAAAACUCACGAAAAAGCAGAUAGGAGGUAUUGUCACAUCGCCGACGAUAUGCUUUGGAAGUUUGUUUAUUAAAAAAACUUAACACAUUCUAUAUCUAAUCAUCUUUAGAGUGUUUGCCCCAUCAUUUGCCAUAUUUUUGCCAUAAAAUAAAAGAACAUUGUUCUUUCUCAUAACUUAUUUUCAACUGUCUAUAGCACUAUGAUAAACAAUAAACGAAGGUACGAUUACCAAUGAUUAGUUGUAUGCUGCAUGGCCACAGUCAACAAAAUAUUUCUUUAGGUUCUGUUGCACUUAAGCUGUACCAAACAAAAAAACAAUAAAAAAAUGUUUUAUUGGUAAAAUAAUACUGCAACUUUUCUGAAAUAUAAUCAGACAAGUAAAUAUUGAUGUAACUUUUAAAAAUCGUGAGGUGGCCUGAGGCGUAUUUUUUAUUUAACUGGAAAUUAACGUGUUAAGAUGCAAUCCACGUGGCAAUCCAGUGUGGCUAGCUGAAAAUUGAUCCAAGACUCAAUGGUGCAACACAUAUAUUUCUUAAGCUGUGCUUAAGGCAUGUCUUAAGCUUAAGAUCUCUUAGUGCAACCAGGCAUUAAUUUUGGAUGUAUAAGUAAAGCAAAAAGUACAGGAUGGUAUUAAGUGGGAGAAGAUAUUAUCAGCCAAAGAAAAAUAAUAGUAUUGAUAGUGCAUAAUAAAGAUACUUUGUUAACCCUGCGUUAGUGCGGUGGGGUGUGGUUCACCCUAGCCGAAAAUGUUUUGGUGUUCUUUAUUGAGAUAUUUUGUAUGUUUGCAAUUUACUAUUAUUUUUUAGAUAACACAUUUAGUGAAGAUUACAGUUAUCUUCUUUCUGCGACUUUUUUUGAUUUUUUCAAAUUUUUCUUUGUACUCUUGAUUUUUUUUAUUGGGGUUCUACACAUUCCACUGCACUAACUGUGUAAUAUUUAUCCACCGCACUAAUGCAGGGUUAAUAACUGCUAAAAAGCUUAAUUUUGGAUGUAUAAGUAAAGCAAAAGGUACCUACCUGCAAAUAUUUGCAUUAACUUGUUGACUGCCACACACAAAAUACACAACACUUCUAUAAGCUAUACUGACUCAAUUAUGUCAUACAGUGCACUCAAAAAUUGAGUCAUCAGCUUAUAGGUAGAAGUGGCAACUGUCGUGACUCAACUCUUGAAUCAUCAGCAUUCAACAAGUUAUGUAUAAAUAUUUCUAAACACAUUUUAUGAGUUCUUUUUGUGGUGAUACUAAAGGAGACUCAUUAAAACAUAUUUGCAAGACUAUUGUCUAUAAGUAGGAAGUAGGUCCCCUACCUCGGUCCUCGGGAAGAAAGCUAUAGUCAAAUACUACCUGGGAAAGAAAACUGUAGCCCACACUACCUUCGAGAGCAGAGAGCAGAACUAGCUCGCAACCGCCCACAGUAUCCUGAUGCAUCAGAAGAAUGAGUUAUACACUAGACUUCCCAUAACUACACCGACAGCAACAAGUUCUGCAGAGAUUGGAGACCUCCCUUGAGAACUGUGUGACAUUAAGAUUUAAAGCUGAGUACUUUUUUUAUCUUAAUAAUUUUUAUACCGGUAACCAGCAGGGUCUCUAUCACAGUUUAAGAAAAUUAGUUUUGUUGCCUGUACCUAAUAAUAUAAUGAUUUUUGUUAUUUUUUUAUUUCAAUAAAUAUAGUGUAUUUAGCAUGAU